CAGAUACAAAUCAUAAGCUAGGAAGAUUAUAGCCAUAGCAAAGAAAUCUUUUUAUUUUAUUUUUUAGGGAGGGGGGAGAGAGAUGUAUGUGACAAGGCCUCUUUCAUACUACCUAAGAUCUCCUGAAUAUCUUUCAUUACCACCAGAGGGUCCAAACUCUGGUUAUUUGGUAAUCCAAGACGAAGAAUCAGAGACUACUACUUGUUUCGGAUUGUGUAAGAAUCGGUAUCUAAUCGAUCUGCCUUUCCCGCAGAACAAGAACCUCACUGUUAGAUACUCGUCCGGUUCGGGGGAGAACAGACAUGUUUCAUAUGAUGAUGCUACCUUUGUUCCAGUUCUAAAUCAGCCAUUGUCUUCCAAUCUGUAUUAUGCAAUAAAGCCACAUGGGUCUCGUAAAGGGGAAGCAUAUGCUUGUUCAAGGGAGGAAGACAUGCGUACCUGUUGUUUUUGCAACUGCAUUCGAGACGUUGAUCCAAGACCACUAGAUCCUAAUGACAUAUAUCAGCAAUUUCAGAUCAUUCCUUAUGCAACAGCUUGCAGAAGUGGUGGUACAUUUUAUGCUACAUCAAUUUUACCAGAUGCUUUUCCUCCGUACUUCUUAAGAAUAAAAGGGUGGGAAAUUUAUACCAAAACACCCAAAAACUAUGAACUAGGUGAAGCGCUAGGCAUCAAUACUGCCCUCCGUGCCAGCCUUCCAGCAUUUGAUUUCCCACUAUCCUACAAGAGCUCAGAAGCCAUUGUUGUGGGGAAGUGGUAUUGUCCUUUCAUGUUUAUCAAAGACGGAACACUGAGAGAUCAGAUGAAAAUAUCAAUGUUCUAUGAGAUGACACUUGAGCAAAGAUGGGAGCAAAUAUUCACUUGUGAAAAUGGUUACAAUCAAGGGAACGUUGUGUCUGUGGAUGUUGCUGUCCAACGAGAAAUGGUCACUGUGGCGGGUAGAGAAGCGGUGUGGGAUGAGAAUAAUGUGGCCAAUGGGGUGAUUUGGUUUACGAGCUUUGGUGGUGUAGGAGUAGAGGUGAAUAUUGGGUUGAGCUCGCUAAUUGUUGAUCGAAUGAAAUGGGAGCAAGAGAGAGGAGGGUGGCUUGGCGACAAAAAAAGGCAAGUGACGGUGAAUAAAACAGAGGAGUAUGCAGGGAUUGGUGUUGGUGGGUGGAGUAGGUUUGGUUGCUAUGUGCUGGUUGAGAGGUUUGUGUUGAAAAGAAUGGAUGGAAGUGUGGUAUUAACCUAUGAUUUCAAGCACACUCAGGUGCUUAGGAGCAAAUGGGAAUGAAAGAGUUUGAAUUCUUACAAACUUCCAUUUAUCUUUAUCAUCUUAUGUGCAUAUGAUGUUGUUUAAUUCUAUUUGUAUUUUAUUUUAAUUUUUUGAAACGAGGAGAGGAAUAAGAAAAUUUAAACGAGCUUGUUUUGAUUUCUUUUCUGUAUGUAUAAUAUGACCUUGGUUGUAUUGUUUGAAUGCUUGUGUUGGUUCAUGGAAUUCAUUUUCUUUGUUCA